GGCAAAUUUCUUCUCCAAAGCUUUCAAAAAAACAAAAGCUGAGUCAUGGUUUUGGUAAGAUAUCGAUCUGCCUCCCUAUCAAAAACACGAGGCCCUAGCUUGUACAUACAACGAACAUGCGAGUCCCGUACCAAAAGCUCCUAAAUCGAGAUGCUGCUACCUCGAUCUACUGAUCUUAAAUGGGGGGGGGGAAAUUUUAUGAGCUCACAGCCCACGCAAUGCAUAAAAUCGAAAAUCACACAAUGCUAUGGAGUCCACUGAAGUGUGCUAGCAACACUGUACUGGAGCUAAUCACAGUACUAACCCUACUGCGCAGAGGUCCACUGAAUACCCCGAAGGGUCCACUAAAUACCCCAAGCUUUAAGCUCAGAAAAGACCAACUUCACUUCCCAUUCCAGAUAGCUUUAUGCAAUGCCUUGAUGCCAAUUCCGAGUUCACCAUUCCUUUCGCCUCUUCAUUUUUCACUCCAAAUAAUGCUUCAUUCACUACCAUCCUCCAAUCCACAGCCCAAAACCUCAGGUACUUAGUGCCUGAGGCUCCAAAACCCCAGUUCAUAUUCACACCUCUGUAUGAAACCCAUGUCCAAGCUGCUGUCAUUUGCUCCAAACAGCUUGGAAUUCCUAUAAGGGUUCGGAGCGGGGGCCAUGACUACGAGGGCAUGUCCUAUGUAGCAGAAAUUGAAUCACCCUUUGUCAUAGUAGACCUCUCAAAGCUCCGAUCCAUUAAUGUUGACAUUAAUGAUAACAGCGCCUGGGUUCAAGCCGGUGCAACAAUUGGGGAACUUUACUACAGAAUUUCCCAGAAAAGCAAGACACAUGGCUUCCCUGCCGGUGUCUGUACAAGCUUAGGCGUUGGUGGGCACAUCACCGGAGGUGCAUACGGUACCAUGAUGAGAAAAUAUGGCCUUGGCGCUGACAAUGUCAUUGAUGCUCGAAUUGUGGAUGUUCACGGAAGAGUUCUUGACAGAGCAACCAUGGGUGAAGAUCUUUUCUGGGCAAUAAGAGGUGGUGGGGGUGGAAGCUUCGGAGUCAUCCUUGCCUGGAAGGUAAAGCUGGUUCUAGUUCCGGAAACGGUGACUGUAUUCACUGUUCCUAAGACCUUGCAACAAGGCGCCACAAAGAUCCUCUACAAAUGGCAGCAAGUUGCUCCUCAGCUAGAUGAAAAUCUCUUCAUCAGAGUCGUCAUCCAAGCUGGAAGUGCAGGGCAGAAAGCACAGAGAACGAUCACAACUUUAUAUAAUGCCCUGUUUCUUGGUAAUUCUCAAAGGCUUCUCCAAGUAAUGCAACAGAGCUUCCCUGAAUUGAAUUUGACAAAGGCAGACUGCACUGAAACCAGCUGGAUCAAAUCGGUGCUUUACAUCGCCGGCUACCCGCCCACCACCCCACCGGAAGUGCUUCUCCAGGGGAAAUCUCUGUUCAAGAACUAUUUCAAAUCCAAAUCUGACUUCGUGAGAGAACCUAUCCCAGAAACCGCCCUGGAGGGACUAUGGGAAAGGUUGUUGGAAGAAGACUCUCCAAUGAUGAUAUGGAACCCCUACGGCGGAACGAUGGGCAAGAUCCCAGAAUCAGAAAUCCCUUUCCCUCACCGGCAGGGAACCCUGUUCAAGAUCCAGUACUUGACCACAUGGCAAGAUGGCGAGAAAAACAUGGCCAAGCAUAUGGACUGGAUCAGGAAACUGUACAACUACAUGACUCCAUAUGUUUCCAUGUUCCCUAGGACAGCAUAUGUGAAUUACAGGGAUCUUGAUCUUGGCAUGAACAAGAAGAACGGAACCAGCUUCAUUGAAGCAAGCUCUUGGGGUGUCAGUUAUUUCAAGAACAACUUCUACAGAUUGGUAAAAAUCAAGACAAAAGUUGACCCAGAUAACUUCUUCCGGCAUGAACAGAGCAUUCCGCCUCUGCCACUCAACAAGAGAAGAGAAGGACAAUUUGUGUAAUAUCUUUAAUUCAGUACAAGCUAGAACAUAGCCGUUUGUUUGUUUUGGCUGAAUACGCGCAAUAAAAAAAAAAAUGUGUGAAAUGUGUGACAAAGUAUGGUGUCAAAAACAGGGGAUGUAAUGGCUUUUUCUUUGGAGUUUAGAUUUUUAUGGGUGAGGUUGCAAUAAUGAUAGCAUUUAAGUUUUCAACUAAUAUCGUGAGAAUUGAGGGAUUUUCAGUGUAGUUUUUGAAUUAUAUGUGACAAAUUUACUUUGAAGUAAAAGGUACCUGUUUGCCCCUUAACUUUUCGAAUUUGAGGGUUUUUACCUUUCAUAUUACAAUACAUGAAUUUUUAUUCUUCAUAUUUUCGAGUUUGAGGAAAUUAGGCAAAAUUUAAUGUCGGAGCGUCACGUGUAGCACGUGCACCGUUGGCCUCCGUCAAGUAUGCACAUAUCAACGCCACCUCAGACUUUUUUAA